AAUUAUCAUGCCGUGCCGGGCUAUGGCUGAGGCUGUAGUAAGUGUAAGUCUGUUUAAAUGAAUACAUAUACCAGUUAAAUUAAAUUCCUAGGAAGGAUGAUUCAAUGGCAAUAAUCGCGUUAUAACUGUAGUUGAUCACAUUGUUCAGUAGAAACUGCACCCAUAUUGGAUCGCGGCAUCAACCAAACAUGGUAGACUACAGCACAGCCGCUUGUAUGAGUGAUAUCAUCCCAUUUAGUGAUCUUUGUCGAUUCUGUGAUAAACUGAGUUCCAGUGAGUGGAAGAAACGAGGAGAUAUUUUGCUUCGAUACAUUCAAUACUUUCGUGAGUUCUCAGCUAAGGUGAAAAAAAUCAAUCCAGGAAUCAAUGACAGUUUUUACCCUGUGAUGCGGCUUCUAGUUCCCAGUUUAGAUAGAGAAAGAGGUCCCUACGGCAUAAAGGAAGUGAAACUAGCUCAGAUAUAUGUUAGAAUUCUCUGUCUUGCUAAAGACAGUAGGGAUGCUUCCAAACUUCAACACUUCAGGAAUCCGUCAAAAGCUGGGAAAGCUGCUGGUGAUUUUGCUGAUGUCAUUUAUGAUGUUUUAAAGAGUCGAAUUUCAUCUAAUGAAAACCUCAAAAUUUCAGAUGUGAAUCAACAUUUGGAUAACAUUGCAAACAAGAAUGCAUCAAACGACCCCAGAGGCAUCGAUGAUGAGCUGACCAUACUAAUGAGGAAAAUGUCAGCAAGCGAACAAAAAUGGUUGGUGCGAAUGCUGUUGAAAGAUAUGAAACUAGGCAUUGGAAACAACAAAAUCCUAUCAACUUUCCACAGGGAUGCUGUUGAUCUAUAUGAUGUCUCUAACUGUUUAAAAAAGGUUUGCAGCACUCUGAAAGAUCGCAAUACUCACCUCCAUGAAAUAGAGGUUUGUUUAUGGGAUAAGUUUCGACCGAUGCUCGCUCAAAGAUGCGAUGUUCAAAAUGUAGAUAAAGACCUCCCCAGGCAAGAAUACUAUCUUGUAGAACCCAAGUGGGACGGUGAACGAUUUCAGUUGCAUUAUGGUGAUGGGAAAUUCAAGUACUAUACCAGGAAAGGUUUUGACUACACAAAUACCUAUGGAGAAAACGCCUCUCAAGGAAACCUCUCACCUUACUUAUCCAAACAGUUCUUGCCAUCUGUGAAAAAUUGUAUUUUAGAUGGGGAAAUGAUGUGUUGGAACUCAAGAAUGAAAAACUUCACAACUAAAGGAGCUGAAAUAGAUGUAAAGAUGCUUAAGGUUGGAAACGUUCAUAAUCCCUGUUUCUGUGCUUUCGAUAUUUUAUUGCUCAACGACCAGGUUUUGACCAACAUGCCACUGCAUGAUAGAGUUGCCAUACUGAAUAGAGUUUUCACGCCUGUGGAAGGAAUAUUCAUGAACACUGUCCGCAGCAAAGUUACCGACAAAGGAGAAAUCUUAAGUGCAUUGAAUCGAGCCAUAGAUAAUUUUGAAGAAGGAAUCAUGAUAAAAAACCCAUUCUCCGUGUACAAACCAAACUCAAGGAAAGAUGGCUGGUACAAAAUCAAACCUGAGUACACUGAAGGCAGCAUGAUUGAGUUGGAUGUUCUAAUCAUUGGAGGUUACUAUGGAGGAGAGGGAAGAUGGAGAACGGCUGUCACUCAUUUCUUAUAUGCACUCGCUGCGCCAUCAUCCAUUCCCGGUGAAAACCCUACAGAAUUCCAUUCUUUUGGGCGGGUUGGAUCUGGGUGCACGCAGGAAGAGUUAUCGGAGCUUGGAGCUAAACUUGCGCCCCACUGGAGGAGAGUUAAAACUGGAAUCAUGCCACCAAAUAUAAUUUGGACCAAAGAAAAACCAGAUCUAUGGAUUGAACCAAAGAAUUCCAUCAUAUUACAGGUAAAAGCCACUGAGGCUGUACCGAGUGAUUCAUUUCAUGUUGGCCACACUUUGCGGUUUCCAAGGAUUCAAAAAGUAAGAGACGAUAAACCCUGGACAGAUUGUUUGACAGUUCCUGAGUUCUUUAAAAUCUUGGAGUCAUCAAAAGGCAAACUUGUCUCCGGUCACAUAUUGGCUACAAUGUCUCCUCUCAAGAAAAGGGCCAAAAAAACGAUCCAACAAAAACCGAGUUUAGGAAGUGAAUUCCGCUCCGCUGAUGUAAACAAUAUUGAAAAACUCUCUUCCAUCUUCAAAGGCAAAGAAUUUUGCAUUUUUAUUGACAAGGAACAGAAGCAAGAAGUUGAGACGAAAAUAGUACAGCAUGGUGGCAACAUUGCACAAAACCCAGGCUCUGAUACUUUCUGCAUUGUCACUAGUAAUCCCAAGCAGUUGCGGAUCAAGAAUCUCAUAAAAGUUGGCGACUACACCAUUGCCAAGCUUGAUUGGUUGGAAAGAUGUUUCACUGAAGUCAAGCUCAUCCAGUGGACUCCAAAUGAUUUAAUAUUCAUGGGCAAGCAAGCCAAAGAAGAUCUCAAGUAUAAAUAUGAUCAGUUCUCUGACAGUUACGUUGAGUUUGCCACCGAAAGUAGCCUGAAAGAAACAAUUCUUGCAAUGCGACUUUAUGAUGAUAAGAUCGUUUUUGGAAUGCCCAAGCAGAUGCUUCAGUUUGAAAAGAAGGUGCUCAAUAAAACCUGUCCUUACUCAUUUUUCAGACAGUGUAGAGCAUUUUUUGGCAUACCGGCAGAUGGACUCAGUUCUUUAAAUCCUGAAUUCGAGACCGCCAGACUCGACUUCGCAUUCUAUGGUGGAAUCUUGGAAAAAGAAAUAAGUGACUCCACGACCCACACUAUUUAUCCUUCUAAGCAUCCAGAAAACAUUCGUGUUCUAAAUUCUCUCAAACAAGCAAGGAAGUUCAAUUAUCAGAUAGUCAGCGAAAAGUGGGUUGAAAGCUGUAUUGAAGAAAAAAGGAUGAUUGAUGCGUAAAAUUGACCUGUUUGAAUUUUUUCUUGGCUGUGAUAUUUUUAAUUUUUAGAAUUUUUUUUAUUUCCACCAAAUUAUCCCCAGUUUAAGGUCGGUCGGAAGCCAUUCCCGCAAGUUUUGUGGAGCUGUUUUGCUGUCCAAUUUACGUAUAUUUUAAUUGUGUCAAGAAGUUUCCUCCUAUAACUUUUUUGAAAGCUCUGUACCAGUGAUUUCAAGUCUUUCAUAUUUUUUGUGUUUCCAAUUUGUCGGAAAUAAAGUUGUUCCUACUUUA